AUGACUCAGAACAACAAAUUUCGCAGCGGCAUUCGGUUGGUCCGUCUUGUCGCAGUAAUAUUCCUCGUCAACGGGUGCAAGCCGAUGGAUCUUCCAAACUCGCAAUUGAGCGCGGAGUGGUUUGCUUGGGACGAAGACUUGGUCGACCUCGACCAUAUCUUCCCUUCCGGUGGUUCAUCGGGGGACGAGGCGGCUGGACAAGCUGAUACUCACCACGAACCAUUCGCGGGCGGUCAUUUACAUCCUAUCGGCCUUCCUGCCGGGCCAUCAGCUAGCCACGUCUGCCCCCCACAAGACUAUCACCAUAUUCAAACUGCUGCUGAACAACGUCCUUCUGGCACUCUGGCUCAUGGGAAGCGCAUGUCGUUGGACUUGCACAACUUAUUUGGAUCAGGGUUCGAGCCCGCACAAAACUUCGAACUUCUGGAUCAGCUCCUCGCAGACGGAACACCAGCCUCGAAUGGCUUCGCGGCAGCAGGCGCUUCACGGGCCCUCGACCAUAUCUUCCCUUCGGCGCUUUCAUUGCAGGCUAGGGCGGCUGGACAAGCUAAUCACCCUCAACCAUCCUCGGCCUUAGCUAGCGACCAGUCCCUUCUCCCAGACUAUUAUUAUCCUGCCCAAACGAACGCAAAAGAACGCACUGUUAACUCCCAGCCCUAUCAUGCUCUGGACAUAUCGUUUGACUCCGGCGAACUAUUUGAACCCGGGCUCUUACCCCACGACUUCGACAUCCUCACAGAGUUCCUCGGACACGGGACACCAGACCCGGAUGGCCUCACGGGGGUAAGGGCUGCGCAGUCACAUCAUGGUGUAGCGCAUGUAUCGGAUAGUCAUAGUCAUACAUUCACAGGUCCUGGUCCGUCGAAUCUGCUCGCCUUCUCGGAUUAUCCCUUCAUGCGCUCCUCCGGCACAACCUCCGGACUCCACGAAAGUCCUUCUCGUAAGCGGAAGCAAACUGUCGGGCUUCAGGCCAAAAGCAUCAAACCUCAGGAUCUGCUUUUCACCCAGAGCAAGCCACGGAGCGGCAUACCCAAAUUGUACAUCCCAUUUCCUGAAAGCCAACGGCCUGCGCUCUCUAAAAAGCUACCUCCACAGGGGCCACUGGGGUUUUACAUGAAUGACUUGGCACUCAAUAAUCCAUCGGAUCGCGCAGAACAGAUGGAAAUGGGUCGGAUCCUGACAGGGCUCAGAGCCUUAGGAAUCCCGAACCCCCGACUUGCCUUCUCCGAGUUGAAAUUCUACAGCACCCAUCGCGAUUAUCUUGGGUUUGGCAUGGAACGCAAUGAUAGCGGACGGACUAUUAAGCUGUCACGCGGGUUUGCCAAAUCAAAAAUCUUCGAUGAAGGUCCAUACGGUCAAUAUAAAAGAAGGUGUAGAUUAGCGAAGGGACUAGUCAGCUUUGUGUCACAUUAUAAGGAUUGGUAUCAGCAUUGGUUCGAUGAAACUGGGAUAGACUUCGAAAAGAAUCUGCUCCAACCUCACUUUAUCGGUUUCGAGGAGGCUGCGGUGCUCUUCCCCCUAUAUCUAUUUUAUGUUGAGAUGAUAUGCUCGAUCGUCCCGAGAGAGGGAACCACCCUGAAAAUUGAACUGCUCCGCGCCCAAAAGUUAUUCAACUCCUGGACUAAGAACUACAAUGAUCCGAUAUCUCAGAGUGAUCAAAAUCUAGAAUCGAUUGUCGAAACGCUCAGAAAACAGAGAGAUCGUCGAGGAGCUUUGAACUUGCAUCCACACCUCUGGAGUUACUUAGAGAUUUGGAUGAUCACUUCAUGGAGGGAUGGAGUUUUCCGAUAUAUGAAUGGUUCUAUGCCCAAGACAGUCAAAGAAUUCUUCAAUAAUGUCUUCAAUUAUUCCUAUUCAGCUCAUCAUCAACGAUACAUCUCUAGGAUAACAGCUCACAACCUGGAAAAAUAUAGUAAAUAG